AUGACUGCAGUUGCAAAUCCAGCGAAUUUCUCCAAUUCAAGACCAGCAUGGGGCACGAUUAACGGGAAUCAUCAAAUGAAUUCAGAAGAAGGCCGGGGCGGCAUCGGCAUGUUUGCGCCGCGCAAGGCUCUCAGUCGAUCCAACUCGUCCUCAUCCGUUUCAUCAACAUCUUCGAAUUCCUCCGCUACCACAGUCGCCUCAAACGGCUCCCACGCCAAUGGCACUCCACUGUCUUCGACUACAGAUCUAAGCCAAUGGUCGGCUAACGGUGCACCUCGAAAACGACCUCAACCAAAAACCCCCUGGCCUCCCGGGAAAGGGGAUUUCCAACAACAAGACAUGUCUCGACUACCUCCCGGCAGAGCUCAAGGCAUGGUGACGGCCCAUGGGCCUGUGCAGGCCGGCCCUGGCCAGGUUCCAAUGACGCCGCAAGGUAUGAUGCGUCCUAUGGGAGCUGAACAAGUCCCUCCUGGCCAACCGGUUUUAUAUCUGCUAUCCCUAAACGGCACCUUUGAACGAAAAACGAUCGCCGUCCCUUUUGCUCCCGAGAGCCUCCGUAUAGGUCGACAAACAAACCAAAAGACCAUUCCGACCCCUACCAACGGUUUUUUUGACAGUAAAGUGCUGUCAAGACAACAUGCUGAGAUAUACGCGGAACGCAAUGGCAAGAUCUAUAUCCGUGAUGUCAAGUCUUCGAACGGUACCUUUGUCAACGGCACUCGCCUAUCACAAGAAAACCGUGAAUCGGAACCCCAUGAACUGCAGACUUCCGAUCAUCUUGAACUCGGUAUCGACAUUGUUAGCGAGGAUCAGAAAACUGUGGUCCACCACAAAGUGGCUGCCAAGGUGGAGCAUGCUGGGUUCAUGAGCGCGUCAAGUAAUGUCAUGGACAUGAACUUUGGCGACCUCGACCCAGCUAAUGGCGCUAUGAUGAUGCCUUCUGGGCCUAUGCAGUUACGUGGCCGUACAAACAGCAAUGCCUCCAUGGCUAGUAAUGGCCGAAUGAUGCCAAAUGGCGUUGGACCUAUGAAUAUGCAAGCCAACGGCAUGCCACAACAACGACCCUUCUUUCUCACUCCUGUUGCCACGGAUCAAAUUUUAAAACGACUUGCGAAUGAAAUGCGCAACGCUCGACUUCAGGCGCAGGAUUUAGGCCGCACUAAUCAGUUCGUCCACACCUUACUAUCCAAGGACGACCUUAAGGACCUCGAGAAGCCAGAUGGCCUCGAGCAACCCAAGCCCAUUGUAAAUGGAAUGGGAACACCGUUCCGUGCUGACCCCAAAGCGCGAUUCUCUGAUCCUCCGGCUCCUCCUCCGCAGCAACCUCUUCCCGAGAAGCCCGAUGUUCCCUCACUUAAGCGCGGCCCUACCGAGAGACCCAAGUCAGGUCCGCCUAACUCACCUGUUCGUCCUGAUAAUCUCAGCCAGAUCGUUCAGCUUACGGAGGCUCUUAACAACGCUAAGCGGGACAUCGACUCACAAACAGCACGCAUGCGUGAGCUUGAAGAGAUGUUGCAAAAGGAGAGAAUUGCAAGGGAGGAAGCAGAAGAGUUGGCCAAACGAUUAGAAGAGUCAGCAACUAUACAUAUGAACGGAUCAGCUGUGCCCGGAGAGAUGGAAUCUUCUGUGGAACCUGAAGUUUCAGAAGAUGAAACGAAUAUUCCUCCCGAAGUCGAGAUCACUGAUGAGGCAACUCCUGCUGUUGACACAGCACAAGAGACAGCCGCUGAUCUCCAGUCCCGGAUCGACAUGAUGGAGAACCAGAUGCGAGAUAUGAAGGAGCAGAUGGAGGAGUGGAAGCAGCGAUGCGAAACUGUUGAGACAGAACGAGACGCUGACAGGAAGACGCUGGCCGAGAUGGUUGUUCAGCUUCGUGCUGAAGAAGCACUUCGAGAGGCAGCAGAGAAGAGGGCCCGAUCGAGAUCAAGGAAGCGAGACACAGAAGCCAAUGGCGAUGUUGACCACUCAGGGAUUUCUAAAAGCUCUCCUGGUGAUGCCGAGGUCGUCGAGGCCGUUGUCAACGACGCGGCAUCGGACGCGCCGACUUUGUCUCGGGCCAAUACCAUCACACCAGCAAGCCAGAAGGGCGUUGUGCGAGGGCAAGAUCAACGCCUUCAAGCCGCACUACCUUAUGCUUCAGUAAUCGGUGUUGUUCUAUUCGGCAUGGGGUUGAUGGCAUACAUCAACGGAUGGCAGGCUGAGCCUCCUCGCCCCGAGCAAUGA